AUGGCUUUGUUAACGUCUCGGAAAUUUACUUUAGCGUAUGUUGGGCUCCUUGGAGUGGGUGGCGUAAUGGGCUAUUUGAAAAGCACAAGCCAGAAGUCAUUGUUAGCUGGAGGAUUAUUUGCCUCUCUGCUAUAUUAUUUUUAUACAGAACUGCCUGUAAGACCUGUCUUUGCAUCAUCUGUGGGUCUUGGUAUCUUUGGAGAACUUCUUGGGGUGAUGGCUUCCCGUUUUAAGAGAACAGGGAAAGUGUCAGCAGGCAUUAUGUCGCUUAUAAUGGCUGGUGGGCACUUGCAUGGAAUUAUGCGCAGCAUGCACUAG